AUGUCGCUUGACGUUCAAAACUAUCAACAAAUGAAAUGGAUUUCAAAUCCUUUUCAAGAACAUGACAUGAAAAGUGGGUUAUCAAUAAGAGCUAAAGAAGAAUUAAUCGAACUAUUUGAAGAUAGUGGGUAUAAAAUGAAUUUCAAUCGAAAAAAAUUAAUAAGUUUCUGGUUAUCAGUUCAAGAAAAUUAUCCAACUGUUUCCAAUGAAGCUGUAAAGAUGCUACUCCCAUUCAUUUCAUCAUAUAAUUGUGAGGUUGGUUUUUCGGCAAUGGUUGCUAUUAAAACCAAAUUACGGAGCAAAUAG